AUGUCUGACGACAAACGAGUCUGCCUUGCCUACUCUGGAGGCCUAGACACAUCCGUUAUACUCCGGUAUCUUAUUAAUGAGGGCUACACCGUGGUUGCUUAUCUCGGCAACGUCGGCCAGGACGAGGACUGGGCCGCCGUCGAGAAGAAGGCUCUGGCUCUCGGUGCCGAGCGCAUGGUGAUCGAUGACCUUCAGCAGGAGUUCCUUGAGGAACUUGUUUUCCGUGGCAUCCAAUGCAAUGCCAUUUACGAGGACCGAUAUCUUCUCGGAACCAGUCUUGCUCGGCCAGUAUUGGCACGCGCCCUCGUCCGCACCGCCCAAAAGUACAACUGCAAGAUUCUCAGCCACGGAUGCACUGGCAAGGGGAAUGAGUAUGUUCUUGCAAAAACCAUGGCCCUAGGAGCAGAGCUGCUGGCCGGGAGCAGUACUGGCAAAGACCAGGCUGCCGGUGAAGGUCAUCACAGCUGCGAGGACCGCAGUCACAAAGCGAACAAUGAUGACCUUCCGGGAUCGGCUUUCACUCCCGUCUCUGAAGGCUCCCGGGACCCACACGGCGCCCGGAAGUUUCUCAACACCAUCAAGUGCCAGGUUAGGUUUGAAUUAGCUUGGCGAGCACUCGAUCCUACUGUGUCUAUCAUCGCCCCGUGGCGCAUGCCGAAGUUCUUCAACCGCUUCCAGGGCCGACAAGACCUCCUGAAGUUUGCCGCCGAGAACAACAUCCCAGUUUCGUCCUCUCCCAAGUCUCCCUGGAGUCUCGAUGCCAACCUGGCACAUACCUCAGCCGAAUCGGGCAUCCUCGAAAAGCCCGAGAUGGUUGCGCCCAAGGAUGUCUGGACCAAAUCUGUUGACCCGCUCGAUGCGCCCGAUGUUCCGACCAAGUUCUCUGUCACCUUCAAGGCCGGCAUCCCCGUCAAGCUUGAUGUGGAAGGCGGUGAAACCUACACCAACUCAGUCGAGCUCUUCAAGAAGCUCAAUGAGAUUGCAGGCGCCAACGGCGUCGGUCGAGUUGAUAUCGUCGAAUCUCGCUUUAUCGGAUUGAAGAGCCGAGGCUGCUACGAUGCCCCAGCCCAUACGGUGCUGCGUCUAGCCCACGUUGAUCUCGAAGGCAUGACCGUGGACUCCAAGGUUCGCGCAAUUAUGUCCUGGAUCGGAAACGAGUGGUCCCAGUGCCUCUACAAUGGCAUGUACUUCUCCCCCGAGCGUGAGCUCCUCGAAAACUCCAUCAUCUACAGCCAGAAGCAUGUGAAUGGCACAGUCAACAUGAUGGUAUACAAGGGAGCAGCUCAUGUCCUUUCCCGCUCUGCGCCGGACAGCAACCUGUACAGUGAGGAACAGGCAAGUAUGGAUACUCUCGAGGGAUUUAGCCCAGAGGAUACCAGUGGCUUCAUUGCCAUCCAGGCGAUUCGCCUGGAGAAGUAUGGCGCGGCCAAGAUCCAACAUGGCGAACCCCUGGUUUAG